AUGAGUUCACCAUGCGGCGAAUCUGAGCUACAUCCUGCUGAAGUUGUUGAUUAUGUGCUUCUUGAAUCUGGAGUUGGCUAUUGUACGUUUAGCUCAUUACCAACUCCAGAUUCAAGAAGCACAAAAUCAACAACUUCAGUAGCUCAGAUUCGCCGUAUGGUAGACUCACCAAUGAAAGUGCAAACAGCCGGAUUGGUGAAUCGGCAAAUCAAAUCCAACCCCAUGGCUCACUACCAUUUAUUGUCGAAGCAACUUUCGGGACAUCCUUCUCCGAACCCACCUGUUGUGUACCAAGUAGGAGAUAAUCCUACUGCCGGUCUAUCUACUCCCAGCCCAUUAUCGAGAGAUUCAAAAAAUUGCAACAAUGUGCUCGCCUCUCGAGAUAGGCUUAAGGCUAUCUAUACAUUGAUUCUACAAUAA